AUGCAACCACUGUUGGUGUUGAGCAGCUCAGAUGGCUAUGAUGAAGGUGGAUAUAAGGAAGCUCCUAGUACAGAAGCCUACUUAGAGUCGUUUAAAUCAGUUGGUUCAAAAGCUUUAGCAGAGCUCAUAUCAAAGUUCAAAGACUCAGCCUCACCAGUAAACUGUGUUGUGUAUGACUCUUUGCUUCCAUGGGCUUUUGAUGUGGCCAAGAAAUUUGGCAUUAAUGGAGCAGUAGUAUUCUUGACAAACUCAGCUUCUGUAUGCUCCAUGUACUGGCAUAUCGAUCAUGGUCGCCUGACUUUGCCAGUGAAGCGAAGAACUGAGCUUGUGUUGUUGCCUGGAUUACCUUCACUUGGCCUUUUUGACUUGCCUAGUUUUCUUGCUCAGCCUUCAAGUAAUUCUGCAUAUUUGGUAGUGAUCGUGGAAAAAUUUAGUUGUUUGGAUAAAAAUGACUGGGUAUUCUGUAACACCUUAUGUUUAACUAGACUACUCACUACGGAAAGAGACUUGAAAAAGCUUGACUGA